AUGCUACAACAAACCCUAAAAGCCACUAGAACCCUUCAAGGCUUGUCUUUCCGCGCUGCGAGAUCAGGCAUUGCAGUCAGAUGCAUUUCUAAUGGCGCUGCACAAAGCAAGACCCCAGAUGGAUUGACUCAAGAGGAGCUGGACUCCAACAAGAAGAAGCUUGAGGAGUUAGAGAAGAAGAAGGGUGGUAAGAAUCACGACUACGAAAGACCAAGCCGUGACCAGCUGAAAAAGAGAGGUGACGAUGCCCAGGUGGAACAGCAAAGACCCGACGAUGGCGUGUACUAA